AUGGGGCAUAUUCCAUCUAAAUUCCCGAAUUACGUCUUCGCCACAUUCGGCUUUGCCCUCUUCUUCGACCCCAACUACGGCAGCUACGGCUGGCCGCUCACUGUAACGAACGCGCCAGGCAGUGCAGUCUCCUCUAACGUCGCGCUCGCGAGCCGCGGCAACGUCUACAUCAUCUCAGUCUACAUCUUCUUCGCCGUCGUGACGCUGUGCUGUUUCUUCUACAACGUAUUUGAGGCCGUCCUCAUCGGCCAGUACGUGACCGCGCGCAAAGUGGUGUUCAAUUCACACAUUUUCCGGUUCAUCAAACUCUGCCGAGAACUCGGCGUCGAGAUGCCGACGCGCGCAGCGAUAGACACAAGCAACUUGCAGAGAAUGUAUUCUCUCGCCUCGCCCAAAAUAGUCGGCCGAAGAAAAGCCUGGCGCGCGCUGAAUGCCGCUGGGGACGGCGCCGUGGACGGGCCUGAAGGGCCCCUGUCCCUCGGCGAGUCCGUCUGCUACCUCUUCACGCUUACGCUGAUAUGUUGCUACGACGCGGUCGCUCGGCUGGUAUCCUCGCCUUUCAAGUGGCUGAACGAGCGAAUCGUGUCCUACGACAUCGACCGCCCUGACGCGAUCGUGGACUUCAUCCGCUUCAUCCUCAUGGAGGAAGGCCUCGAGGAUGCGUCAACGGCGAGUGCCUUGCCGCUCCCGGCGUGCGCCGAAAGCGCGAACAAAGCUCGGCGCCUGACGAGCGCAACAGCGUACGGCUGGGCGCUGGCCGCGCUUGAAGUCGUUUCGCUGCUUUGUCUGGUUGUCGAGUGCAUGCUGACCGACAACGAACAGGCGCGGAACGUCUUUGGAGUGCUGGAGUGGAUUUUUGCCUUUCUCUUUCUUGCUGAGUCCCUCCUCAGGGUUGGCGCACGCUCUUUGCUGCCGAUUGGCGUAGUUACGCCUGCCGCUUCGUCUGGCAGCUUCCCCUCUUUCGCCUCGUCAAAGUUUUUGCGUUCGUUUCGCUCGUUUCACUUGUUUUCGCUUGUCCAGAUGGAGGGCGUCCGCAUCGUGGUCCGCUCGCUUCUGGCUUGCACACGAAGUCUCGUGCUUCUCUCGGCCUUCUUGAGCCUGGUCUUUGUCAUGUUUGCGCUCAUUUUCUCUCGGGUCAUGCGCGUCGGCUACGUGCCGCCGGACAACCCCAACGAGGUCCUGUAUACGUUCCAGACUUUCUUUGAAGCCUCGAUAGGCGUCUUCGUCCUCGCCACCAACGAGGGCUGGCCGCUGCUGCUCUCCAGGCUCCUCGACCGCAAUCCCACCCAGCAAGUCGCUCUGUCGGUUCUCGUCUUCCUCUUCAACUCGGCAGUCUCGAUCUUCGGGGUCAAGAUGUGCGUGGGCAUCAUCGUUGACGCGUCCCGGAGUAAGAAGGCUCGCAUGGAGAUGGAAGGAAGUCUGCUCAGCGCGACGGUACACAAGUGGAUUGAAAUUCAGGAGCUCCUCUUCAACUCGGCGCUCCAGCACGGCGACACCAUGCCAGACUUCACCGGGGUCGACAGCAAACGGCUCGCGAUGGCAAGGAAGAAAGCUGCUGCACUGAUAACAAGCGGAUGCUUCAGAAUGGCCGUUGCCGUCCAUACGUGCCUGUGCUGUCUCCUUCUUUUCUUCUACGGCCCGUGGUACGACAUGACACUCGGGCCCCAUCGGCAGGGCCGACGACUUGAGCUCCACAUCGCCAUUGUGUGUCUUUCUGCUUUCUUUUUCAUCGAAAUCGGUACGAGAAUCUUUGCUCGCGGCCGUCUGUUUUUUUCGCGAGGCGUUGGACAUCCUCGACGUUGUUCUUUGCUGCCUGCUCGCUGGGACCUUUGGCGCUGGCGUCGUUUUGUGGAUGGGGUGGGUCUGGCGCGUGGACGCACUGACCUCCUGGCUCCUAAGUUUACGCCUCUUCCGGAUCGCGCGCUUCCUAUACCGCCAGAUGCCCUUUUUCCAGACGUUGUUUACAACGAUCUCGCGAGUUAUGGAGAGCUUCCUCAGCGUGCUUACGCUUCUGGGCCUCUCGAUUUUCUUCUUCGCCACCUGGGGGGUCGUCCUCUUCAGCGGCGCCCCAGUAGAAACGUACUUCAAUCGCCACGCAAACUUCAAAAUGCUGCGAGGGCCGUGAUGGCGCUGAUAGGCAGCUGCACUGGCGAGGACUGGCACAUGAUUCUUCAGCAGCUGCGGAUGCACUACACCGCGACAGACCAGAAACUGCUCCGCGUGACAGUUGUGGUCUUCUGCAUUUCCUUCAUCGUCCUCGUUUUUUUCAUCCUCAUGGAUCUCUUCACCACCGCUGUCCUCGACGAAUACAUGGACACAGUGAAGGACGAGAACUUGUGGAAUAUUUCGUGUCAGAAACGCGUCUUGAUUGAACGCUGGAACCCCAAGAACGAGCUCAGCACGAACUACAAAAGCCUCACUGACAUGAUCGCCCUCCUGAGGACGAUCGACCAGCCAAUGGGCAUAAAGCACCGUUUUCACCCCGAUGAGAAACGGCAGAAAGUGCUCAAGUACAUCGCCAAAUACGGCCUUCCAGUCUACGCUGGGGCGCGAGUCCAUCUUCGGGACGUGGUUCUCAACUGCGCCAAGCGAGCGUGCGAAUUCCACGCCAUGAGUCACGGCGUCAUGGACAUGCAGGACGGCCAGGUCGAGCUGAAUCCGCGCCUCAUCAGCAGUUGGAUGGGGAAGUUUCCCGAGCUUGCCCACGUGGAGACCAGGUACGACCUUCGCCACCACUUGGCCGCGGAGACGCUCCAGAGCUGGUUCCGAAGACAGCGCAUGCGACUCCACGGAAAGCUCGCGAACCCAGAGUGGUGCGCCGCUCGGUUUGUGUCUUUCGCGAUGGAGAGUCGAACGGCCCACCUCCGCCGGCCGAGCGGCCGCGCAGGGCACCGCGCAAGCCAGAUCGAUCGUAGAUACAGUGGGGUCGCGAGGCGGCGCAGUUGGCGGCGGUCUCGAGUGGACUCUGCAGCUGGAAGCUCGCAGCUCUCUGCGACAGCGUCUGGCGGCAGCUCGGAAGCCCUGCCGCAGCCAGAGAGACUUCAUCUUAGGGGGCAGGCGGGUCAGACCAGGUCAGAAUGA